UAACCAGAAACUCCUCCUAUUACCAGCAUAACUCUCUGGAACAAACAAAAAAGCCUCGAGCUUCCGCCUAAUCUGAUAUCGUAACACGCAUGUUCUGAGAGCUGAAUAACUUUUCAGAGGACACUAUUUUUACCGUGACACAAGCAACAACAUGAGCAAGUCCAACAAAAAUACAACAUCAACUGCAAAGUUUUACAAAGAACCAGCAAUGGUAGAGGAAGUGUACACUGGAUACCUGCACAAGUCCCCUGGCCAAUCGGCCGUGUUAAAAAGCUUUAAAUCAUGGAAGCACCGUUUCUUUGUGCUCUCCAAGACGGGCGAAGACACCUACCAGCUGACAUACCAUACAAACAACGAAAAGAGAGACAAAUCUGUGGGAAAGAUAGACCUUUCUAAGAUCAGCUUGCUGUUUACUGGCCCAGACAAACAUCAGAUGUGGGACUGGAUUCAGAAACACUUCAGGUGUCCUCCAGCCUCUGUGCUGUUCUUGAGGGUGGAAGAUGACACACCAAAACACGCGAGAGAUUAUUUCCUGAUUGGAGAAAACAGUGAUGAUGUGAAUGGCUGGCACGAUGCCUUAGUCAAGGCCGUGAAGACCCAGAAACCAAAUAAACUGCGACAUACAGAUGACACCAUUGAGGACAACAGAUGUAGAUCAACAUCUGCACCUCUGAACGAUUCGGAACCAAAGGUUAAAGAUCACUUUGAUGAAAGACGGUCAGCACCCGAAUUAAUGUUAUCUUCUCUGCCCCCCGACCAUUAUGACUAUCCUCGCAAGUUCAGCGAACCUCUAGUACCAGUAGAGCGCAAGAUUUCAGUUAAAGAGGAUGAAGACGAGAAGGAUGGGAAACAGGAUGAAUCUACAGAGGAUGGCAGUCAAUACAUGUUAAUGGCAUCAUUGCAAAUGAAAUUGGAAGAUGACCAACAAGAGGCGGACACUGCACGCAUACAGACAAACACUUCCAUUAAUGGCCAUGAGUCCUCUGUGUGCAAUGGUGCAGUCAACCAGGAUAAGGAAUAUGAAAAUAAACGAAUGAGCACAGAUGGGAGACAUUCUCAGCAUCGUCUCCCCAACUUCAAUGAGAACUGUGCCUCUACCGAGCUGGACAAGGUGCCUUUAAACAAGAGUGAAACACACGCACAUGUCGAGAAGGAGAUCUGCGUUAGCCCAAACAGUCUGAAAAACAGUCUGAUCUUGACGGAGGAAGAAGGCAAACCAUGUGUUUCUGAGUGUCGGCAGUUUCAGGACUCGUGUCUGUUCCAUAAGGGGGAUCAGAUCCUGGCCUUCAAUGGCCUGCGGACAGACACAGUAGAAGAGAUACACACAUACCUAAGAAGACUAAGCAAGGAUGAGGUAAAACUCACUAUUCGGCGGUUUCCAGGAUCCCAGCCUCUGCACUCUGAAUCCUGCAUAUCACAAUGAGGACAUGAAAGAAAAUCUCUUGUGAAUUCUCUUAUCACCAUUGAGCUAUUAGAAACAUUGUGCACAUGUCUAGUGUAAGGUCAAAGGGACUGUGGGACAUUUAAGCUCAUUCAUUUGAGUCUAAAAAUACUGAAAAUAAGGUGUUAAUAAUAACAGAAGUGGAAAUUCGAAUAUCUAAAGUACCUUGUCCUAUUUUGCAUGUACAUAAACCAUGUAAAACAAUGUGAAUGAAUUGUCAGAUUCACUCAAAAUGCCACUGAGUGAAAGAAAUUAGUAUCAUUUAGACUGUAUAUAUGUAAAUGAAACUGCUCGAGUCGGUAUAUAUUAGUUCAUGUUUGUUGUAUGUGAAGAACAAGAGUCAAGUAUUACUUUAUAACAAGUAUGAAGGUUAAGUAACAGUGAAAAAUGCAGUUAUAAACUGUUCAUGUAUUUUAACCUCUUUAAAGCUGCACUUUUUCCCGUAAAGGGACAUGGGGUGGAAAAAAAAAAUCAAUGCUUCUGUGUUGACUCGCAAAAUGUUUGCGUUCCCUUGAAAUUCCAUUCAUUGAUUUAAAUGUUUCUUUCUGAGGGAACGCAAAGUUUCUCGAGGGAACACAAAAGAUUUCGCGAGCGAAUGCAAAAGCAUUGACAAAUCAUUUUUCCUCCCAUCUCAUUUUUUUCACCAAGUCCCUUUAGGGG